UCUGUUGUGCCGUAGAAAUGAAACGACGUUGUCUAAUUUGCGGGCAAGUACCGACAGAUGGACACACCUUUCCUAAGGAUAUAAAGGAAGCCCGCAAAUGGCAAAAGUAUCUGAGUGUCUAUGUGCCUGCCGAGAUGCUGCGUAGACACAGUUGUAUCUGUAACAAGCACCUCAGUCGUAGUCAAAGAUGUGCAGGUGGCAUGCAUCCUGGGCUGCCCAAUGAUAUAAAUGAGCCUCGCUUAUGUGUGACUUUUAAGGAAUCAGAUGUUAUAAAAUAUUUUGGUGCAUCAAACGCUUCCGCUUUUGACGCGAACCUUGCCAAUGGGUUGCAGCCUGUUAACACAGGUACAUUUCUCCGCAUUGAAGGUAAAAAACUAAACAUCGGUGGCACCCAGAGCAGCACCUCGGUAAACUCAUACAGUCCACAAGCAAUGCAGUCACACAAGAGACCCGUAUUUGGGUACAAUAACUUAAAUUUUCAAUCAACUAGUGGCUCAUCAUGCAUGAGCACAAGUUCCUCCUGCCUAAGUGGCAGCUCAAAAAAUCCUGUACGGAUUACGUUAGGGGCGCAACGAAGCUCUAGCGGCUCGGUGAUGGGCUCAACUCCAAAGCUCAGAAGACGCAAGGAGUAUCAAGAUUGUCAGUGCUACUUACAACCUUCAUGUUGCGAUCAGGAGGUGCAAUGUCCAGCAAGAAACCGACCCAAGCCAACCACAAUGGAUUGCAAUGAGCCACGGCGUCCACCAUGUCCACUAGCAUCGCCAGCUCCAACAGCGCCAAAUGGUCUGUGUGCUCCAAAAGUUAACGUUCUCAUUAUGGGUGGCUCUAUGCUACCCACAUACUACAACUCCAGUGCAUCUGAGCCGUGUGCCUCUCAGUUAGAAGUCUGUGUUUUGGAGUCUGAUUUUACACAAGAGCGAGCUGUAUUCGCAGACAUUGACCAGCCCAAGUAUACGGUCUGUCGUGCCACUCCCCUGCCAGCAACCACAGAGCCCAAGUGCAAAUGUGGGAGCAAUAGUUCUACGGAUGUUUUGGUGCUAGGCUUAGAGCAGCCAGCAGAAUCCGAGCAAUGUCUUUGCAACCAUGCUUCAAUUAACAAAACAUCAAGCAGUCGUGGUCCUUCUAAACAGACUGCUCCAGCAGCUUCAAGCAGCCGUCGUCCAUCCAAACAGGCGACAGCGAUGGCGCUACCUUCAAACAAUCACGAAUUGGCGCAAUGCAUUUGCGACGAGGUCCUAAAUAAUCAAGGUGCUGCGAAGAUGAAGUCAAACAGCCGUCGUCUAUCCAAACAGGCAGAGCUGGAGCAAUGCAUUUGUAACGAGACCAUAAGCUGUAAUCCUAAUCAAAGUGCAUCGAAGAUAAAGCGCUCUGAGUUCAACCAGUCGGCUUCAAGCAACCGUCGUCCACCCAAACAGGUUACAGCGAUGUCAAGCAAUAACGAAGCCGAAAGCCGCUUUCAACUACGUAGCUUCCAGCAGUGGUCCAAAUAUGUCAUAUCCCGGGAACAGCAUUGAGUUCAUGAAACAGCAAAAGG